AUGCAUUCUCGAGCUAUAAGUGAAAUAAAAGCGAAAAGCUGCAGCCGCAACAACGGCGGGUGUGGGCAGAUAUGUCUUUCAACUCGGCGUGGCGUGCGCUGCUCCUGCGAGUACGGCUACUUCCUCAACCCUGACCGACACACUUGCUCUGACCUGAACGAGUGUCGCCGGAACAACGGUGGGUGUAGCGACCUCUGUACCAACACUCCUGGCUCCUUCGUUUGCUCCUGCUCUCAGGGAACACUACUGGAAGACCAGAUGACCUGCGCCGACGCAGGUGUUAACACUUGCGAGGUCAACAAUGGAGGAUGUUCUCAGUUGUGUUCUCAACAAGAGGAUGGUGUGCAGUGCCUGUGUCUCCCUGGCCAGACGUUGAGUCGUAACAAGUUGUCGUGUCUCCAGCUGGACCUCUGUCUUGAAGACAACGGUGGCUGUGAAGAAACCUGCAGCAGCACGCCAGAGGGCGCCCUCUGCUCCUGUGGACCCGGCAAGGUGUCUUACUUUGAAAAAUCUUAA